GCGGCCCCUCCCCCUCCGGGCCCCUCCCGAGCUUCUGGAUCCCCUCACUGACCCCCGAGGCUGCGGCCGAGCGGCUCCAGAGACCCGACCGCAGCGUCCGGUGCCCGAUGUCCGGCCGGAAGCUCCGCCUGUCCCAGCUGGUCAGUGUCCACUUCACUCCGGCCGAGCCCGGCCUGAGCCCGGGGCAGCUGCUGGCCCGAGAGCCGAGUGACCGCUACGUGUGCGCGCUGACCGGUGACCCCCUGGGCAACGCCACGCCCUGCGCCGUGCUCCGGCCAUCGGGGGCAGUGGUCACUCUGGCCAGCGUGGACCGGCUCAUCAGGAAGGACAUGCGGGACCCCCUGAGCGGAGCCGCCCUCGCCGACGACGACAUCAUCGUCCUGCAGCGGGGCGGGACCGGCUUCGCUGGGGCCGGGGUCUCCCUGGAAGCCAAAAAAUCCCGGCCGGUGAUGCAGGCCUAGAAGAAACCCCAAAAUAUCCCAAAACCACCCCAAAAAUCCCCCCCAAAAUCCCUUUUACCCCCCCAAAAAACCCCUCUG